AUGGGCACGGCGUCUGCAGCUGAAGCCACCGAAAACCACAGGUGGCUUCUUUUUUCGUUGCGCGCUGGCCCCUUCCGAGUGUUCAACCUCUGCCUGCGCCGACACUCUUUGAAAUGGAGAAGCGAAGGCAACGUGAGCAAGGAGAGUUUCGACAGCUUGACGGAUCUGGAACUCGGGCGUCCAGUUGCAACGAGUCGCACCACAGAGCAGGGUGCUGAGAACCUGUCAGAGAAGAGCGUCGACGCAGAGCAGCCGUUCGCCACAACCUACGUCAAGGAUGCGCCGGCUGUGGCCAGUGAGGACAUCGAGCUCGAGAGCGCUGUGCGGGAACUCUCCUGUAAGACAGACCUCCUCUCACGGCUACGUGAGUCAGCGGCAGCCUGGCAGAAGCGCAGUCAUGGAGACAAUCAGACGCCGAUCUCUGAUGUGGGGCUUCUCUCGGCAAAGCUUGCACAGGAUGUGACAGCCAUGGUGGAUGGGGUGCCAUAUGCUUUGUUUGGGCACAGCUUUGGAGCACUGAUGGCAGCGGAGGUGCUCAAUCAUCUUGUGGCAAAGGGAUUCCCACCGCCUGUGCACGUCUUCCUCUCUGGCCUGGCGUGCCCAGAGAAGCUGGCACAGCAGGACUACGCAGACUUGACCAACCUCACAGAUGCAGAGAUGCUGAAGUCAUUGGCCAAGGAAGGCUUUGUUGAUGAACUGCUGCCCCAGGACUUUGCCACGUUCGUCGCUCCUGCUCUUCGUGCGGACUACACUGCCUUGGCACAAUACGCUUCAGAAGUACGGCAGGGGAUCCGGCCCACCUAUGUGCCACCGAACAGCAUUCCCACGUCGACCUGGGCCGGUGACGCAGACCCCUGGGCCUCGGAGGCCAGCAUGUGUGGCUGGGGUGCAUCGGUUCAUGAGGUGGUUCCAGGUGGACACCAAUACCUCAAGAGCACAGAAGGCGCCCAGAUUCUUAUGUGCAAAGUGGGCAAGAUCCUUGCUCCGUCCCAGUUAGUGGGCUCGGCCUUGCGGCACCAAUCCUUUCCUGAACCCAUCCAAGAUCUUCCAAACGGCCAGCAAGCACAAGAAUCACAGGAGGUUGCUGCAGCUCGGGGGGAUGGCUUGGCCAUCCUUACAGAAGCUUAG